CAAUCAUUGCACAAAGUGCUAAACGGUUUAAGCAAGAGUGAGAAAGAGAGAGUCUGGCGUGAAUGGCUGAAGAACCCAACACUUCAAUGUCAGUUCUCGCCUCCCAAAUAUGCAAUCAAAUAAGCUCCGUUUUCAACGCAAACACCUCAAAACCACCGGCCAUGAACGUUCUAGUGGAGGAAAUCAUCGCCGCCGCCAGCCGUAACGGCAAAGUCUUCGUCUACGGCGUAGGCCGAGAAGGUCUGAUGCUUAAGGCCCUAUCCAUGAGACUCUUCCACCUUGGCCUCUCAGUUCACUGCAUAUUCGACAUGACCACACCCCCAAUUUCCUCUCUCGAUCUCUUAAUCGCCUCUGCGGGUCCCGGUGGUUUCUCCACCGUUGACGCUUUAUGCAGCGUGGCGAAAUCCAACGGUGCUCGUGUGCUGUUACUGACUGCUCAGCCUGAAUCCGGAUCCUCCGUGAAGCAUGCAACUGUAGUGGCCCAUAUACCGGCUCAAACAAUGGCGAAUGAUCAGGAUCAUGAUAGAGUGGGGGAAAGUGAAUCCAGACCGUUGCUUCCAAUGGGGAGUCUAUAUGAAGGGGCCAUGUUUGUGUUGUUCGAGAUUGUGGUUUUCAAAUUGGGUGAGAUUUUGGGGCAGCGCCCUGAUGAUGUUCGAGCUCGCCAUACCAAUCUAGAGUAAGAGUGUGCAGAAAUGGGUUGCAUGGGUUGGAGGCUUGGCGCAAGUAUCAUCCAUCUUUAAUAAAUGCAUAAUGCAUCUCCUUUUGUAUAGGCCAUAUCUUCGAUCGGUGCUUGCUUGCUCCUUUCUUAAUUUUCUUCCUAUUAUUAGUUACUAAUGUUUCUAAUUACAAAUUAUUAUCAUUAAUCCUAGUGCUAAAUCAUCAACUUCCUUCU